AUGGCACCACGCUCGUACUCCAAGACCUACAAGGUCCCUCGUCGUCCAUUCGAGUCGGCUCGUCUUGACUCCGAAUUGAAGAUUGUCGGCGAAUAUGGUCUCCGCAACAAGCGUGAGGUGUGGCGUGUCCAGCUCACCCUCUCCAAGAUCCGUCGUGCUGCCCGUCAGCUUCUCACCAUGGACGAGAAGGACCCAAAGCGUCUCUUCGAAGGCAACGCCCUCAUUCGUCGUCUGGUCCGUGUCGGUGUGCUCGACGAGUCCCGCAUGAAGCUCGAUUACGUACUUGCCCUGAAGGUCGAGGACUUUUUGGAGCGCCGUCUCCAGACCUGUGUCUACAAGCUCGGUCUCGCCAAGUCCAUCCACCACGCUCGUGUCCUCAUCAAGCAGCGCCACAUCCGCGUCGGCAAGCAGAUCGUCAACGUCCCAUCGUUCGUCGUCCGUCUCGACUCCCAGAAGCACAUCGACUUCUCCCUUACCUCGCCAUUUGGUGGAGGCCGCCCAGGUCGUGUUAGGAGAAAGAAGGCCAAGGCCGCCGAGAGCAAGGGUGACGGCGAGGAGGGUGGCGAGGAGGAGGAAGAGUAA